CGCUGACAGUUAGUUCCAACCUUCAUGUCAACGAAGUGCUUAACCUUUUCUUUCCAAGUCUCGUAUCCUACUGCGGAAAAGGAGACUGAAGUUCAAUGUGGACCAUGGUCGUUGUGAAUAUCAGAAGACCAAGAUCCUUGGGCAGUGGAAGUCAACUCGAGUCACUGACGUCGGACCGGAAAAAUAUCUGACUGGACUUUCAACAACCUUCACGCACAGCGCUGAGGAACUACACAUGAGCAGCCCGUCUGACAAGGUAUCCAUUAACGAGCUAUGACCGAAGCCAUGUCACUCACUAGAUUCCAAACAGAGAAUCCUUAUGAGAAGCUCUGGGGAUAUUCUCGUGUGACCCGUCGUGGGCCCUUUAUAUUUGUAUCAGGUACAACGGCGGUCGAUCUUGCUACUGGUGCCAUCCCAGCUAGCUUGUCGGCGUACGAUCAAGCGCUAGUGGCGUUCGAGGAGAUUUGCAAGGCUGUAAUAGGCCUCGGUGGGAGGAAGGGAGAUGUUGCACGAGUUCGGAUGUUUGUCACGAACGAAGACGACUUUCCGGAUGUUGGACGAGCGUUGAAGCAGGUUUUCGGGGAUGUCGGGCCUGCUGCCACUGGAAUCACUGGUGCCCGUUUUGUUUCUCCCGAUAUGAAGGUAGAAAUUGAGGCCGAUGCUCUUGUAUUGGAUUGACUGUAGGACUUGUCAAAGAACAAGAUACAUUGUUCUUCAUUUCAGACAACUAUUUCAAAAUCGUUGUUGUGAAUUGUCUUUCAACAUAAGCUUCGAAAUUCAACGAGUGGAAGUACGUCAGCUCUCGUCGGCUCUCAAUGCAUCACGCUUCUUCUGGUGAAUCGGCGGAGGUAGACGACCCACUACGUGGCAAUGUUACGUUCAUCGAUUCUGUAGCAGCCUGUCGAUUCGCAAGAUCUGCUUCGUUACCAGAAGGCAUAAGCUGCCCGGACGCUGGAACAUCUAUCAGCGUUUGAACAUGUUGUUCUUCUGCUAUCGGCUAUUUUUCCAUAGCAACUUCGCAGAUCAUUGCUCAUACAAGUCUAUCACUAGUCACUUGGUUCUAGUUCUAGCAUUUUUCAUUUCCCUGGCUGGUUCAUGUGUUGCUUUACAGAAGUCAUGCGCCACGGCCUGAUAUACUCUCUGGUCUACUCCCUUUUGUACAAUCGAGCAGAUAUAUUCCACAUGCUUGUACGGCGCGAAAAGUCGGAAAUGAAAUCGGCGCCCUGGCCGACGUACCUCACUAUCGCGCCUUUCUUCUUUGCUGUGGCGCCGCACACCAGACCAAAAAUCCUUUCCGUUCGUGCGACUCCGAGUAGCGACACGAAACGAGCGUUCAGAAGCUAUGUGCGGCGAAGCGAGCAAACCAUGUCGGCGGAGUAUGCAACUUCUUGAACGCAUGGUUUAGCGGUCUGAACGCCACCCUCAACCUCAUCGCCGAGGCACCUGUUCUCUUUCGUUACACGUGCCGGUGACACCCUAUCCGGGACCGGCAAUACCUAUAGUCGGAUUUGCAUGGACGUUUUGGGAGUAGGUAAUUUUGAACUCUGUUCGACGGAGUGACAGGAUGUCACGAACUUGGCGGGGCCGGUCACUUGUUCCGUUGUCCAAUCCCACUUUGCUCUCCGUGCGAGAUAAAACUCGUGUUUCAGCACCCUCUCGAAGAUCGCAACGGAGAAGCUACUAGCCAUCUUCGAACUCGUAUCCAGGGCUUGUCUUUGGAGUUCCGGAUCAGCACAUCGUAAACCAUGAGAAUGCUGUACGAAGGAUGGCUGAAAGAACCUUCGGAAUACAAGAGUUGACUGAUUCGACUGGCCUCACGGAGAUUCCAACACUCCCGAGGAGCCAUAAGACGAGCCCUAUCAUGUGGACCGAACUCUGAUAUCAUUUGAACAAUAUUCCAAUGUUCUAGGUAGAACUCCUCAAUUACAUGGUUUACUCUAUGU